AUGUACGCGAAAACCCCCACGGUCCUCCUGGCCGCAUUACUUGCGGGACAGGCCGUCGCCAAGACCGACAUAGGCGGCUGCGUAUCGUCCGCAACCGUAAGAUAUGGUGGUGCCAGCUUAAUCUGGUACGUCCCAGAUACCGGCGAGAUCUGCGAGUUCCUCGACUGUGGAGGUGGGCGUGCACCACCCAAGACAACCGUUCCGGGCUGUGAUGGCUACCAAGGAACCGCCACCUAUUCGCCUAGCUUUCUGCCGGGUUUCGGUGCCUCUGCGACUCCUACUUCAACUGAGACCUCUACCCCGGCCUCUACUUCGGCCUCUACGCCCACGUCCGCGCCUAGCUCCAGCUCGGCGUCCGGUGAAUCUUCUAGCGAAUCUUCUGAGGAAUCCUCUGGUUCGACAGCCACCUCAGCAGUAGGCUCAGCUUUUAUUACUAGCGCAACAACCGGUGUAACAUCUGUUGCUACCAUCACUCCAGCACCAACUGCGACAUUGGAAACCAGCACAGGUGUUGCCUCGAACGGCGAGUCUUCUGCAUCAACUGGAGGCUCAACCGGAGGAAGUUCUCAAGGAGCUGAGCCUGCCAGCACUUCUGGCACAAGCAGUGUCUCCGAGGCGGCGGCUAUGCCGACCGCAGCUGUGAAGGGUGCUAUGCGCGUGGCAGUUGGCUUGGUGGCGGGUAUGGCAAUGCUAUGA